CUACAGUAGCAUUUAAGCAUAGGAGUAUAUAUAGGUCGAGAUAUAGAAUUGUUUAUUCUCAUUUCACUGUAUUUUUGCGCUACAUCUAGUUUAGAUUAACGAAUAUUUUCCGUUCUCAGUGAUUAACGCAAUGACGCCUGUCGUAUGCCCCGCCUAUUAAAAUGGCGUCAUCAAAGAGAGCGCGCCUCCAGGUGUGCGCGUGUGUUGCGCACGUGCGUCACCGCGAUGGCCGGCACCUUUGAUGAUGUGGUGAAGAAAGUGACGCGGUUUAAAGUGCAGCUCGCAGACACGACAGAGUCUGACACGGUUCUUAAAGUCUUGCAGAACCUUGGUGAUCUGGAUAUCACAGUAGACAUUCUUGCUGAAACAGGAAUAGGCAAAAUAGUGAACUCUCUGCGCAGACACAAACGAGCUGGAGAAUUUGCCAAGUCAUUAGUCAGAGGUUGGAAAAAACUUCUCUCCAAAAAUUGCAUGAGCAACACUGGAUAUGGCGCCGUUUCACAAACUAAGGACAAAGAAGAGGAAAGCCCCAGUGAAAAUGCUGAAGAGUUCACAGCUAAUGACUUAAACAACAACUGUGUGACAUAUCAAAGCAAGAGUCAGGAUUCUUCAGAUGAAGCUGUCUCCAGUGUUAGGAAGAGAAAAUCAGAUUCAGUGAAACAAGGAGGUGAAGAACAAAACAGUAAAAAAAGGAGACAAGAAAUGUUUCAACAAGAAAACCAUAAUAUUCUUCAGGAUGAUGUCUCUGAAAAGAAAAAACAAAAGGAUGGAAUUGAUGAUUCAGUGGCUUUCAAAAAGAAGUAUGAUCCAAGGGAUGGAAAAUCUGUGGAUUUUGGCAACACUUUACUAAAAAGCAAGAAUUCAGGGGCGCAGCAGCACAGUGUCAGGUCUGAUUUAAGAGAAAAAGUGAGAAUCCAUUCUGAUGUGGUUGUUGAAUCUGGACCAGAAGAGGGACUGCAAAUGAAACACAAGUUAUCAAAAAGGAGAAAAGAGACCUUUUUAUUUGAUCGCAAUGACAGAAACUCAAAAACUCUAAAGACAUCAAAUGUCAGAGACAAGGAAUGCCCAAAAAACUAUAAGAGGAAAACAGUGCAGACAAAGAGUAAAGACGGACAGAAGGUUCCAAAACAAAAGUCUGACACGGAGGAACUUUCAGAGCACAAAAGUCAAAAGGCCAAAAUGAAACAUAAGAACAAAGAACAUAAGGUGCCACAGGAAGAACCCUUCCAGUCUUUUGAGUCGUGUCUGAACUAUGAAGUGAAAACACUGAAGAGAAAAGAACACUCUGGGAGAAAGUAUUCAAAAAAGCUUGAGAUGCUGUCAAACGUGGAAGCCACAAAGCAACAGGAAGUAAAACCUGCAAAAUCUCCAGUGUUUUCUGUUAAUGCCUGUCCUGUGACACAGAAACCUAUCAUGGACCUGGCAAGUGUUUCUUUUCCCGUGGUUCCGCCUGCUUGUGAGAAGCCAUACAGCUUUGAUUGCUGUGAUAGAAAAGUUGAAAAAGAAGACCUCUGCGACCUCUCCGAAGAGUCUGCAGUCUUCACAGGUCAGAGACUCAACAGGAAGAUGCAGGUCUACUCUGGGGCCAAGACUGUUUUUCUACCAACCAUGUUGAGCUUGUACCAGCAGUGUGUCCGCAAACUUCAGAACAACAUUGACUUGCUUUAUGAAACAGGUGGAGUCCCGUUUGAAAUCCUGGAGCCAGUGUUGGAGCGGUGCACACCAGAACAGCUGCAACGCAUUGAGGAAUGCAACCCAAUAUACGUUGGAGUGACGGACCACAUGUGGGGUAAACACUGUCAGAGGGACUUCAGAAACUCUGAACUUUUGGAGUACGAGUCGUGGAAAGAAAUGUACAUCAGGCUGUCGGAGGAAAGAGAGAGGAAACUCCAAAGGCUGACGAAAACUAUUGUCUCAGCACAUUCUAGGAAACCUAAAGGUCGACAGGUGAAGAUGGCAUUUAUUCAUACUGUUGCAAAGCCACCAAGGGAUGCGGGUGUGCGAAUUCAGCAGAAAAUUCACGGAACUGCUGUUCGACAGCCUCAACAACACAAAUGCAGCGUGAGGGCAGAGAAGAGCGGACUGCAGCCAAGAUGUAAUGACUCCAGCAGGUUCAGCAACUCCAAUGCAGCUGGAAGCAGCUCACAAGACCCUCGCAAAAAAACAAAAGUGGCUCCAAUGAUGGCAAAAUCCUUGAAGGCAUUUAAGAAACAGAUGGGACGUAAAUAAACUCUUAGAUUUUUUUUUUUUUUUUUUACAGCUGAAGCAUGUGAGAUAAAAUGCUCUCUAUCAUUGAUUAACCAUAAAAACAACAUGCCUUUGUUCAGUGUGUAGGAUAUUAUGUAUUAUGACUUCCUAAACAGUCGCCAUGUUUUUUUUUUCCUCAACAACAAAAAUGUAUUUUCUAUUAAAAGGACAAUGAAAUUAGCAAAUCUACUUAAAUGUUCACGAACGUUUUUGUCCUUAUAACUGCUGUGUCUUUAUAGAAAUGUGUCUGGCACUUUCUUAAUGGACUGAUGCUCCCUCUAGAGGGCAUCUAAAGCAUUUCAAGUUUUUAUUUUAUUUUAAACAUUACACGAAGAAUAAUAAACAUGACUUGCUUAUUGAUUAGCGCCUUAUUUUGUAAUGUCUAUCUGUUGUACAAAUGAACGUUAAUGUGUGAAACUUGGAAUUACGAAUUAAAUUAAGAUGAUAUUUUGUGAUAAAUAACAGUGGUAGGAAGAAAAACAUGUUGACGUGUUGAAGCUUUUGCAGUACAUCAGAAAAAUAAAGUUGGUAGGCUUGUGAAUCAAUAUAGGCUUGGAAAACGCCUUUAAUGUCAGCGUUUCAACU